AUGCCACCAAGAGACCAAUUAAAGCUGCCGGCGAAGAUUAUUGAGGAGUUGGGUGGGAAGGAUGUGCUUGGAUACCGCAAACAGCAACGGCCUCUCGACCGCAAGGACAGGCGGAAGGCGGAGAGAGUCCAGAAGAAGGUGUCGAGGUCCGGGCAACCGCCUUUCAAGAAGCCGAAAGUGAACGACCCACGAGGCCGCGAGCCAGUUCGUUCGUCCACGAGCACCGAGGCGUCGAACUCGACCAAAGAAAGCCGCGGACCGAAAGAGCCCCAGGCUGCGCCGGAACCAAAGCUUAAGUCCAUAUUGAAGACAACUUCGCAAGCAAUUAAUAAACCGAGUAAACGGAUACCGGCGUCAGAACGUCUCAGGUCCCCAACCCCGCCACCGAAGGGGCCAUCUCGCGCCGUGCUGGACAAACUUGCAGAAGACGACGAGGAAAUUGCGCUGUUGGAAAAGAAGCUCGGCAUUAAAGGCAAGAAGGCUCUGCCGCAAGCAUUUCGAGAUGAUGGACUGGAUGAGCUGCUGGGUGGGAUAGAUGAGCUGGUUGGCGCUGAGGAUGAGGAAUUGGCGGAGAAGAGAAAGAGGAAGUCGGAGGGAGAUGAGUGGUUGGAUAUGAAGAGGAAGAAAGCACGGAAGACGAAAGCGCAGGAUGUCUCCGAGGUUUUGGACGAGGACGUGGGCGAUGACAGCGAUGCUGAGAGUGUGGACUCGGACCAGUCUGACGAAUUCGGAUUACAGAGCGACGAAGGAAGCGACCUUGGCAUGGAUGACGACGAUAUGGACAGUGAUAUGGGCGGCAAUGCCGACGAAGAUUCAGAGUUUUCCGAAUUCGACGAACCAGAAGAGCCAAAGAGGGUGCGUGAGAACCCAUAUCUCCCUCCCACUGCGCCAGGAACAGUCGCAUCGGCCAAAUAUAUACCCCCUUCGUUACGAAAACAAUCCGCAUCAGACUCUAAGGAUCUUGCGCGGCUACGAAGGCAGAUACAAGGUCUGGUCAAUAAAUUGACUGAGGCAAACCUCAUAUCGAUACUGGGGGAGAUAGAGACUAUAUACCGCAAUAGUGCACGGCAGCACGUCAGCUCAACACUCGUCGAUAUACUACUAGUAUCAGUUUGCGAACCAGCGGCGUUGUCCAACACUCAUAUUAUCCUGCUUGCUGGGUUCAUAUCCGCGGUGUAUAAGGUCAUUGGAGCUGAUUUCGGAACACAAGUCAUACAACAAAUCGUGGAGCGCUUUGACAAAUUCUAUUCGAAUAUCGCGGGAGUUGGGGAUACCAAGGAAACUUCAAACUUAAUAACCCUUGUUUCGGAACUCUAUAAUUUCCAGGUCAUUGGAAGCACCCUCGUGUUUGAUUACAUUCGCAUGUUUCUUGGUACUUUUUCAGAGAUGAAUACAGAGCUACUCCUCAAGAUGAUCCGAACUUCUGGACCACAGUUACGCCAGAAUGACCCAUCAUCGCUCAAGGAUAUUGUCAUCAUGCUCCGGCCUGCCGUUGAGAAGGCUGGUGGCGAAGCGAACAUGUCCGUCAGGACAAAGUUCAUGAUCGAAACCAUCAACGACCUGAAGAAUAAUAAGGUGAAGACGGGUGCAGCGGCCUCAGCGGUUAUUUCUGAGCACACCAUUAGGAUGAAGAAGACCUUGGGCACACUGAAUUCAAGAAGUUUGAAGAGCAGUGAGCCUUUACGUAUUGGCUUGGACGAUAUCCGACAAUCGGACAGUAGAGGAAAAUGGUGGCUGGUCGGUGCUAGCUGGACUGGAAACGAGGCUGCAAACCGUGAUGGAGUGCCAUCUCAGCCAACUAGCCAAGCAAAAGAAGUCGAUGUUGCAGAUGAUAUCGCAAUGGACACCCGAACAACUGACCUUGCUCAGCUUGCAAGGGAGCAGCGUAUGAACACAGACGUCCGGAGGGCCAUCUUCAUUGCCAUAAUGUCUGCGUCCGACUUUCAAGAUGCAUACAUGAGGCUGAAUAAGCUGAAGCUUAAGAAAUCACAAGAACUUGAGAUUCCAAAAGUUCUUAUCCACUGUUCUGGUGCAGAAGCAAGUUACAAUCCAUUUUACACUCUCAUCGCCAAGAAGCUCUGUGGCGACCGAAAACUCAAGAUGGCUUUCCAGUUCAGUCUGUGGGACUUGUUUAAGAAGAUGGGAGAAGGAGACAAUGAAGAUGAUGUCCCCGAUGAGGAUGAUGAGGACGCUUUGUCAACCCGGCACAUUGUCAACCUGGCAAAAAUGUUUGGCGCUUUAAUUGUUGACGGCGGGCUCACGAUCUCGAUCUUAAAGAACUUGAACUUGACCUAUCUACAACCUAAAACACAGGCCUUCGUGGAGGUUCUGUUCAUCUCGAUGUUUUUGCACCCGCAAAAGCAGCCAGCCAAGGGGGAUGACAAGACCGCCAUUGCCACCCUCAUUGGACGAGUACAGGAUAUCCCCUCGAUGAUGACUGGCUUGCAGUACUUUAUUCAUAAAGUGGUCAAGAAGACCGAUAUCGCUGGGGGGGAGGAUGAGAAGCUACGGGUAAAUCAGGCUUGCAAGGUUGCAAUAGACACUCUUCGGGCUCUGGCAGCAAGAGAUGCUGUCUGA